AUGCUUAACUACUUCGUGCCUGAGGACGGAGACUCGUCCGAUCACCUCAACGUUGUUCCGCUGCCGCGUGUGGAUCAGCUGCGCCUACAACACGUCAAGAAGAGCUUCCCGUUGCCCGGCGACUUUCACUUCCGCUUUAAGACGGCGUUUGAGGGCACAUAUGUGUGGCUGGACGUUGUGAAUGACGCCGACCCUGUGCCAGACUUCAAUGGACUCGUCGUCUGCAAGAUUUCUAGAGUGCAGCGUGAAAGCUCGACCCGUCCACCGGAGAGGACGGAGGCAUUUAAGGCCCAAGUGGAAGCACCAGACCUCAUCGAGACGUCGGAGCCCCCACCGUCUCCCACCAAGCGAGAAGAACCCCAAGCUGUGCAAAAGACUUUCAACGACGAUCUAGUUGGACUGAUGGCAGAUCCAGUACCGUCACCGACUCCACAGGCUCCUUCAGCCCCCUCACCAGUCCCACCGGUGUCACGCGACCCAUUCGAUGUCUUCGCUGGCAACAACACGGCCCCCAUGCGACCUACACCGAUAUCUGCCAACUUGACGGCGACCAAUGCACCUCGGGGUAUGUCGCCGACUACUAUGGGAAAUCAUGGAGGGGCAUACGGUGCCCAGGGAGGUUUCAACCCGAUGGGGUCUGGUGGUCCCUCGUCGAUGGGUCCUCGAGGUCCUAGCGCCAUGAACAUUAGCCAGAUGCACAUGGCUAUGGGUCAACCACAGGGAGGCAUGCAACAGCAACAGCAACAGCAGCAGAAUAGCUUCCAGGGGCUUCAGUGGCAGGGUAUGGGGCAGCAACAACAGCAAUCUCAGCAGCAGCGGAACCCCAACCAGAGGUGGUAACCUAGAUACCAACGGAGCACACAGACUCGAAGACCGACGUUGUCCUACAACUCCAGACACCAAUAUAUUGAAGCCAUUUCCACAUAA